CUGCGCGAUGCCCAUUUCCUCCUUUGUCCAAGAUGCCCCCAUCCUUGGGACAACGUCACAGCCUUGAAAAAUUUGACGUUGGCCUGGUCCAGUAGGCCAUAUCUUCUAGCGUCGAUUCAUUCUGUUGGCUGGUGGCCGCGUUGGUCAUGGCCGGUCCUUCACUCGUACUUCAAUUCGGAGGUCUGCGUUCCUGUGCGAGUAUCAGGAAAUGCAUUUAUUAGGGCGGGGACCUUUUCCACUUCCUCCCUUCUUUGUUUAUUCACUCCCCCCUGGAAUCGAUGAGAUCUACGCCAUUUUUCGUUGCAUGUCCUCGUCGCUCUUCCACGGGACAAGCACUCCAGGCCAUUCAGGAGCCGACCGGGCAAUACUCCACCCCGAUGUUUAGUGCGCCCUCUUCGGUGGGCCAAGUAGUCGACAUGAGCUCGAUGACACACCCUGACGAUGAGCUCACAUUCUUUGAAGAUCACGAUCAUCUGAAUAUGAUCUCAAGCCUCAAUUGUCCAGUUCGGACUAACUUUUCUGAAUCGCCAACAUUGGGCGGCCUCAGUGUCAGGCGCUUUGCCUCUCCCGGCAGAAUGAACGCUUCCAACUUACGGAACGUCAGUACUCCCGCCAACUCGUCCAACUACGCUGCCAAUGGCUACGUGGAUUCGAGCAGUCCAUCGACAGGACAUUUUUCUUACCACGGACAGGCAGCUAGCACCCAGCGGCAAUACCCAUCCCCCUCUUUCUCCACGCAUAAUAACCACAUUCAGGUCGACGCUGCCGCGAUAUUUGACAAUACAGUACCACAAAACUACCCCCCAACCACCAAUACAAUUCCCAACAGUCACACCCAGGUCAACGUUAUUGUUCGGCCACAAAAUAGCUAUACGCAUACUCCGGCGCCCAAUGUGGGUCAAUAUAGGGGUUAUAGCGAGCCCUUCUAUAACCCACAAAAUUUUCGUGGUGGCCAUUACUACAACUCUGCACAAGGAAGCAUCGGCGUCGGGCUCACUCCGGCGGCAGGCACCAAUCUCCAACCAUCCUAUCUGCCGCCAAUGCAGUAUCCAAAUGGCUACAGUCCUUAUUCCCCUCAAAAUGCAAUGCCCAACACAGAUGCACCCUCCAGCUCCCACCGUGAACCAUCCACCUACCACCCUCACCGUGAACUAUCCUCCUACCGCUCCCACCCUGAGCCACUCGCCUAUGACCCUGAGGCAUACCACGGCCCGCGGCAGCAGGCCUAUGACCCGCAACUACCUGGUCCUAGUUUACCCAGACAGCCAGCCCCUCCUAUGGCACCUGAUCCGUCAUAUUGGGUACCAUCCAGUAAUUCACAAUCUCGCCAGAGUCCCCCACGCCCUCCUGAAUCACAUACUCAAGAAGCCCACCGAGCAUCCGCUGUGUUCUCUUGCGGUUGGAUUCUCGGGAACGGCGAGUCCUGCGGGUUCCAAGGGUCUCGAGAUGCAUUCAAGAUCCAUUUCACGUCCAAUCAUCUGUCCGGGGCUCAAAAUUCGCUAAGCGAAUGCAAUUGGCAAAAUUGCCACUAUCGUAAACGUGGCAAACCAGGCGUCCGCGUCAUGCGGCGCGACUGUCUGCGGCGUCACGUUCAGGAGACCCAUCUGAAGGUGAAGAGGGGUGCUUGAUCAUCCUAUGUUCGUCAUUAUGCAUCCUGUUUAGCCCGAAUCCCAAUACCCGCUUGUUCGCUGUUACACUUGCUAUCGUUCGCUCUUUUUUGUUGCUACAUCAUGAUACAGUACAGGCCCAAUUCAUAUUUCGCGCUAGUUCGCUCAAUUGUAGUCUGCCCUAGGUACUUAGAUCAAUAGAAGGAAGACAAUCGCUCAAGGCGGUUAUGCCUGUACUUUGUAUUUAGUCUGUCAGGAA